AUGAAGGCAAUAUUUGGAUUAUUAGCUAUUAUUGUGUUAACAUAAGCUGGAUUUGUUUAAAAAUAUCCAUUGAACUAUUCAAAUAAAAGAAACAUUAUGUCAAUUAUGACAGAAGUUGAGAGCAAACUCUAAGCAAGAAAUCCCCUUGAUACAAUAAAAGGCAUUUUGAAUUAAUUCAAAUCAGAAGUUGCUUAAGAAUAAUUCACUCAUGAUGAAGUUUAUAAUGCUUAAAAAUAUGAAUGCGAUAGUGAAAUAGAUUACAGAUCAAAAGAAGUUUAAGAUGCUAAUAGUAUUCUUACAAGUGCCAAUGGUAUUUUAAAAACAGCUAAAAUCAUUAAAAGUAAAACUAGUGCAACUCUUGAUGCUACUGAAUAAAUUUUGAACACUGCAUCUAGACAUAUUGAAAUGAUCAAUUCAGCUAGAAAAGAAGAUACUUAAUCUUACAAUAGAGCUGCUGUAUCAUUCAAUGAUGCAAUCAAUGCUAUUGAUGAUUCUAUUGAUUUGGCUACUGCUUUAGCUAAAGGAUAAGUUAGUUUGGCAUAAGUUGCUGAACUUUCUACUAAAUUAUUAAAAUCAGCUUUGGCAACUAAAUUAAUUUAAGAAUUCAAAUAACCAAUGGCUGCUUUAGCUUCUAUUACAUAAGAGGAAGAGGCAGGAGCUGCUGAAAGACUUGUUUAAUUACUACAAACUUUAAGAAGUGCUGUUGAAAAUGCAUGGACAGACUAUACUACUUAAAAUUAAUAAGGUCUCUAAUAAUUUAUGGGAUAAAAAGAUUUAUACACUGCCACAUAAUAAAGAUUAGAUAAAGCUAAAUCUAAAUUAGUUGCAAAAUUAGAAGCAACUGAAGGAGUUAUUUCAGUUUAAACUGCUGUUGCUCAAGCUGCUACAAAUAGAAGAUCAAGAAAUUAAAAUUUAUGGGAUGACGCUGCUGAUUUGUGUCAUAGUUUCGAUGUUGAAUAUGAAGCUGUUACUGCAGGAAGAAGAUAAGAAUUAGUCUUAAUUAAUGAAUUAGAAAGAUUAGCUACCAGAAGAGCUGCUGAAUAAUAAAGUUGA